AUGGCUAUCCGGCUAACGUCUUCUAUGGCGUCUACCCAUCUGUUUGACUUUGGAGGUUGGUCCAUCCAGAAUUGCAUUGCCUGGACUUUGGAGUAUUUACAUCAAUGCCAUCAGUCCAAAAGACCCUUGCUCAUUCUUAUGCUUGUUUAUGCUAAAGCUUUUGAUACAUUUGAGCAUGAUGCCAUUUUGGAGAUACUGAAGUUCAAGGGUUUUGAUGAUAGGUGGCUUGGCUGGAUUGGAGAGAUUUUGUCUUUAGGCUCUUCAUCAGUUCUUUUAAAUAGUGUGCCUCGGAACAAUUUGUUUGCAAGAGACGGGUUCGCUAGGUGGAUAAUCAGUUCCUUUUCUCUUAAAGACAUGAUGCAUUUCUUUUCUGCUUCUGCUAGUCUAAAGGGAGGGGAGGGGAUCCAGGGAGUGAAGAUGGAUCAGCAGGAGGAGGAAGCGUCCGUCUCCGUCAGCAGCGUCCCGCCGGAGGAGGAGGAGGAGCAGGAUGAAGAAGAAGAAGAGCAAGAAGAAGAGGAGGAGGACAUGGGUGCGGUGAAGAUGGCGCUGGGCCCUCAGGAGGAGGAGGGGGAGGAGGACGACAGCCUCCGCAGAUGGAAGGAGCAGCUCCUCGGACCAGAUGCUGUCCACACCACCAACCUCCUCCUUGCCCUUGGAGCUGAGACCGUCGAACCAGAGGUGGCCAUACUCAACCUCACCAUCUUGGCACCAGGGAGGCCUGACCUGGUUUUGCCGAUUCCGUUUGUGCCUGAUGACAAGGGCCACGCCUUCACGCUCAAGGACGGCACCGCCUACAGCUUCCGCUUCUCCUUCACCGUCUCCAACAACAUCGUGUCCGGUCUCAACUACUCGCACACCGUCUGGAAGACCGGAGUAAAAGUGGAGAACCAGAAGGUGAUGCUGGGGACAUUCAGCCCUCAGCAGGAGCCCUACACAUACAAGGCUGAAGAAGAUAGCACCCCGAGCGGCAUCUUUGCGAGGGGCUCCUAUUCUGCUAGAUUAAAGUUUGUCGACGAUGAUGGGAAGGUGUACCUAGACAUGAGGGAUGUUGAUUCACUCACUCGCUUUGCUUGCAAUGAAGAAGGUGAGUGAGUGCCUGAACUGGACUGAAAGUGUAUGUCUGAAUUUGCAUGCAUGUUAUUGUUAUUGUGUCCUU